AUGGAGGUUGAAACUAUAUACAAUUUACCUCAAGGGUCUCGGAUUCUUGUCACUGGUGCAAAUGGCUUUAUUGCCUCCCACAUUGUCGACAAUCUCUUGAGAAUGGGAUAUCUCGUGCGGGGCACCACGCGAACCCAGAAACCUUGGUUGAACGAACUUUUCGAGCAAAAGUAUGGAAUCGGAGUUUUUGAAACUGUCAGAAUCUCAAACUUUGACGAUUUAAAAGACAUUGAACGUCUUCUGGAUGGUGUACAUGGAAUAGUCCAUGCGGCAUCUGAUAUGAGCUUCAGUAAUGAUCCCCAGUCGGUAAUACCGUGGGUCGUUCAAGCCAUGAAAAAUUUAUUGGAAGCUGCAAGUAAAACCCCAACUGUCAAACGUGUUGUGCUGGUGUCUUCAUCUAGUGCAGCGUAUGACCUUCAUCCAAAUUCCACAGGCCGUGAAAUUGACACUCAUAGCUGGAAUGAGAGCGCCAUUCAAGCCGCCUGGGAUGAAAAUACACCAGAAGAGAGAAAGAAUGUAGCCAUAUAUUCCACCUCUAAAAUAGAGGGAGAGAGAGAGGCCUGGAAAUGGGCUGAGGAUGAGAAAUGCCCGUUUGAGUUCAACUCAGUUCUUCCUUGCUUUACGGUUGGAAGAAUUCUUCAUCCGGAAAUCUUCGGUUCAACAAUGGGACAUCUACGUCAGCUGCUUGAUGGAAACCCCCAUGCGUUUUCUUUGCCCGAACAGUGGUAUGUUGAUGUUGAAGACGUCGCAAAGUUAUGUAUCAUCGGACUUUUGGACUCCGAUGUCAAGUCACAGCGUAUAUUCGCGUUUGGUGAGCAGAUGAAUUGGACAGACACCAUUUCUCUACUGCGCGAAUUGCGACCAGAGAACACCAAGAUCCCAGACCCGCCCGCAGAUGAAGUAAGGGACUCUACAGAAGUAUUUCCGCGAACCCGAAGUCAAAUAUUGCUUCGUGGAUUCUUCGACCAGCUCGACUUCACUCCUAUAAGGGCUAGCAUUGAGAAAGGGAUUGAAGAUUCGCCUUGGGCCGCAUAG